UUCUUUUGCAGUUUUGUUCAGUGGAGGGACUGCUGUAUGUCAGCCAUGCUAAAGGGCAAGUGAUGGAGCUUUUUUUACCUUCUUGCUUUCCUUUACCCUUUGUGCUGGGCUUCUUCCCCCAGGUGAUGAAUGACUUGUCUCGCACAAGCUUUGGCUUCUGCAUACAGCCUACAUGCAACUAAUACCACAUGGAGGGAUGCUUGGAAAACUGAUAUGUUUUGUUUUGUUAAUGGCAUGUUUUGCGCUUUGGAUUUUUUAACCCAAUACUUUCUGCAUGGAUGUAUAAUAACGACUCUUUUGUUUAACAUUAGAUAAGCAUGAGAUCACCGUGGCACAGCUGCAUGUAUAGUCACUCUUGAAGCAAUUGCACACCUAAUUGGCUGACAAUCUUGGCAUUUUAAAAACACAAGCCUUUCAAAGACAGGGGACGUGAUUAUAUAUGAAUAGUGAAAUAAACCUGUUGGGUGUCAUCAAUGGAGCCCUCUGGCACUGAACAGUUGUGUGAUGACCCUGAUCCUGGAGGCAAAUCCCAAGAUCAAGAGACCAAAAGGCAACAUGAAUCAGAACAAAAAUUAUCAAAAAUAACCCAUAAUGCUUUGGAGAACAUUAAUGUGAUUGGUCAAGGCUUGAAGCACCUCUUCCAGCAUCAGCGCAGGAGGUCCUCAGUUUCUCCGCAUGAUAUUCAGCAAGCUCAGGCUGAUCUGGAGCCUGACGUGGAUUUGGAAAGCCAAAGCGUCUGUGCUGAAAUUGAUGGUGUCUCCACCCACCCCACAGCUCUGAACCGGGUGCUCCAGCAGAUCAGAGUGCCACCUAAAAUGAAGAGAGGGACGAGCCUGCACAGCAGGUGGGGCAAGGCAGAUGCCCCAAAAGGAAGCCCGCAGAUCAACAGGAGGUCUGCCCAAGAUACUCAGUCAGGUCGGCCCAGAUCGUCAUCUACUACAGAUGCUCCCACAAACUUGUCCAUGAUGGAGAUUGCUUCUUCUAUCUAUACAGGUGGAGAGGAGGCCGCAGCAGCAUGUCUGACCAUGACUCUUGGACCAAGAGAAACAAUCCUGCUAGUGUUUGAUGCUGUUAAGAUAGCAUGA